AUUUGUUAUCAGUAAUAUCGGCACAGUUUCGAUCGCGGUGUACAUUUCGAAUACUUUCGCUUUCUUUUUAUGCCAUGGAAGCUAAAGUAGAUUUGAAACAAGACCCGGCGUUUAAAAAACUUCAAGAGUUUUACAAUGCCAACGCCGACAAAAUAAAUAUCCUACAAUUAUUCCAGCAAGACUCCAAUAGAUUUAAUAACUUCAGCCUCAACAUACCCACCCCUAAUGAUGGCGAUAUUCUUCUGGACUAUUCCAAGAACCGCAUUAACGAGACAGUUUUCUCUUUACUCCUCGACUUGGCUAAAAGCCGUGGAGUUGAGAAGGCUAGAGAUGCUAUGUUCAAUGGUGAAAAAAUAAACUUCACAGAGGACAGAGCAGUGCUCCAUAUUGCACUGCGUAAUAGACAAAACCGUCCUAUACUCGUCAAUGGCAAGGAUGUGACACCCGAUGUAAAUGCGGUACUGGAACACAUGAAGGAAUUCUCUAAUGAGGUCAUCAGUGGACAAUGGAAAGGGUACACAGGUAAACCUAUCACUGAUGUCAUCAACAUCGGCAUCGGUGGCUCCGACUUGGGACCUCUGAUGGUCACUGAGGCUCUUAAGCCGUACGCCAAUCAUCUGAAGGUGCAUUUCGUGUCUAACAUCGACGGCACUCACCUGGCGGAGGUGUUGAAGCGGCUGAACCCGGAGACUGCGCUGUUUAUCAUCGCCUCCAAGACUUUCACCACGCAGGAGACUAUCACCAACGCCACAUCCGCCAAGAACUGGUUCCUCGAACAGGCUAAAGACCCUGCUGCAGUCGCGAAACACUUCGUGGCAUUAUCAACUAACGGUGAGAAGGUGACCGCCUUCGGUAUUGACCCUAAGAACAUGUUUGGUUUCUGGGACUGGGUCGGUGGCAGGUACUCGCUUUGGUCCGCUAUCGGCUUGUCUAUAUCCCUUUACGUGGGUUAUGAUAACUUCGAGAAGCUUCUAGAAGGUGCCAACUUUAUGGAUCAGCAUUACCUCACCGCGCCUCUGGAGAAGAACGCACCUGUAAUACUAGCUCUAUUGGGCGUGUGGUAUUCUAAUUUCUAUGGUGCAGAGACGCACGCUCUAUUGCCAUAUGAUCAGUAUUUACACAGGUUCGCGGCAUACUUCCAGCAGGGCGAUAUGGAGAGUAAUGGUAAGUAUGUUACCCGAUCAGGGAAACAAGCUAGCUACAACACCGGGCCCAUCGUGUGGGGAGAACCGGGAACUAAUGGGCAACACGCCUUCUACCAGCUUAUACAUCAGGGCACCAGAUUGAUUCCGUGCGAUUUUAUCGCGCCGGCGCGCACUCACAAUCCUAUAGCAGGCGGGAUACACCACAAGAUAUUACUCGCAAACUUCCUCGCUCAGACCGAAGCGCUGAUGAAGGGAAAAACCGCUGACGAGGCUAAAGCAGAGUUGGAGAAGAGUGGUAUGGCUCCAGAAGCAUUAGCGAAGAUUCUCCCGCACAAAGUGUUCCAGGGAAAUCGACCCACUAACUCUAUCCUGCUCAGACAGGUCACACCUUUCACUCUCGGCGCACUCAUUGCUAUGUACGAGCACAAGAUAUUCACUCAGGGCGUGAUAUGGGACAUCAAUUCCUUCGACCAGUGGGGCGUAGAACUCGGUAAACAGCUGGCCAAGGUCAUUGAACCCGAGCUGAAGGACGAUAACCCCGUCUCUUCUCACGACUCGUCCACUAAUGGACUCAUCAACUUUAUCAAACAAAACUUUUAAGCAGAUCUGAACAUGUAGAGACAGUUAUUGUUCACUGUAGUAGUGUUGCCAGAACAAAUUAUUACAUUAUUAUUGUUGAUAAAUUUUCUAUUCAUAAUGCUGUAUUGAUAUUGUUAUAGAAGAAUAUUUGUAACCCUUUUUUCAACUAUUUAGUAAGUUACCUUAACAUUAUAAAAAUACACUCACGAGCUGUGCGAAAUAACAAUUAUGCCAAAAUUAUCAUGGUAUCAGCCACAAAGAAACUUGCUUGCCUGAUAAAUACAGGAAUAAUUUAAAACCACUGCGAAGAUUUUGUGAAAAUAAACUUAUAAACACGUAUUUUUUAUUUUGAUAUGUUCUAAUACUAAAAAAUAAAGUUAUCGCUUAUCAAAGAUCGAGAUUUUAAAACUUAAUUUAUGGACACCGCGCGCCGUGCGUCAGCUGAGCGCUCGCUCGACGCCGGCCGUAGGCAUGUACUCGUAGGUACCUAUCUACACGGGUCACUGAACGCUCAUUUUGUUAGAUUCGAACUAGAUUUUAUGCCAUGAUCUGAAGUGAUUUCUAAGAGUAAUUCCAAUUUUCCCUUCAUACUUUUAUGGUUAAGGCCAUCAAAAUGCAAAAAAAUAAAAGAGACAAAUUCGUUACCUAGAAAAAAAUAUUAACGUUAUGCCGAAGUUACAUAGGUACUUCUGCGUUAAGGCGUAUUUAAAAAAAUUAGAAUCAACUACGUAUUUACAAUAAUGUUGAUUCAAAACAAAUACCUAACUAAUUAUUUACCAAGUAUUUUAAUAUUUGUUCAAAAUGAAGUCCACGUCUGUCCAGACAUAAACGUGCACAUUUCAUUAAAUCGUCAUUUAAUUUGUUUAAAACACUAGUGUCACUUUUCACAUCACUGAAAGCGUUAUUAUUUUUUAUUGUUAAGUCUUCUAGACUUUGUGCCUCCUCUACAUCUCGGCGUUUGACUUCUUCCCAUAAGAAACAGUCCCUCACUUGUGAACAAUGCCUCAUCCGUCUACAAGAUGUUUGCAUCGCGGUGAUGUAGAAGCCACUCACAUAAGGCUCGACGUGGUACUGGGUCUAGGUCAUGGAACUGCUGAACCGGCUGAAAGUGGUACGGAUGGAGUCCGGCUGUUUUUAGCAGCUUCAAUACCGGAGGCUGGCUCACACCAAAGAGAUAUGCCGCAUCGUGGGUACUGACUCUGGGACUUCGUCUGUUAAAAUGGUUCGAAGCAUUAGGGACCGCUGGGGUUACGGAUCCCAAAGGCCCGCAUACGAGGUAUGCUCUUCGUCGCAUACUUUCUCCGAAUUGCGCUUAUGUAGGUCAGAAGAUAAACUCGUACCAUCUCGUAAAACUCACGACGGCGGGCGCGUCGCGUGCGCGGGAACGCGAGGACACGUCACAUCGGCGCGUGCGUAUGAGUCUCACUGUCGCGCGCGUCGCUCGGUCCCGGCGGGGCGGUGGGGGCUGUGACGGGGGGGCUACCGGGCGCGGCGGGGUUGCACGGUGGCAUACGCAAGAGAAGACGUUUUCAUUGAAGUUUUAUUUUAAAAAAUGUGUCCAUAUUCUACUGUUUCGAUAGGGAUAAAAAUAUUUAAAAAAAAGUUUUUAACUAAUUAUGAAAAAGUGUUCUAUUACUGAUACUGAACCACCAAAAAAAAUUUUUGCACUGG